ACGCAAACAAUUCAGAAGUUUACACAGUGGGAGAUUAUAUGUUACUGAGCAUGUUCCAAAAAGCAGCAAAAAAUACACCCACCCAGCAGUGCCGGAGCUGAAAGUCCCAACCCACGCCCGAACUUUGCCACUGAGACCAAUGAUCAAUGUAAGGCCAGAGGUGAGACCAUCGAUAGCAACAGCGCAGAGAUGCAUACACUAUAUAAGUCCAUGAAUGUUUGAAUGGCCAAUGAAUCGGAGAUCUUAGAGUUCGUCCUCAUCGGUUUUCCAGGUCUUCCAGAAAAAUUUCAUAUCGUCUUUGGAAUACUGAUCUUCCUCCUCUAUAAUGUAUCACUGUGCGUGAAUAGCACUGUAAUAACGCUGGUCGUUCUGAAGCAACACUUACACCAGCCAAUGUAUAUAAUCAUCGCCAGCCUGGCCAUGUCCGAUGUUCUCUUUGACAUAUCAACCUUGCCAAAAAUAAUAGCCAAGUAUUGGUUAGGUGCCGGAUCUAUGUCCCUCUACGGAUGCUUUAUACAAAUGUUCAUCAUUCAUACUUUGAAUUCGCUUGAUUCAUUGAUUUUGUUGCUGAUGGCUGUGGAUCGUUAUGUUGCCAUCUGCAAACCGCUCAGAUACCAUUCCAUCAUGAGAAACGGACUUGUUGCACUCCUAUGCUUAAUGUUAUGGCUCACGGCCGCUGUGAUUGGAAUUUGUCUGAUAUAUAUAACUUACCAACUUCCAUACCUAGGUUCAAAUAAAGUAAAGAACUUUUUUUGUUCCAUGGGGACUGUAUCUGUCACAUCUCGUGCUGACCCAACGUCUACGUUAUUGAAAGGAUAUUAUAUUGGUUUGGCCUUUCACCUUGGCCCGUUAUCUUUUAUUAUAUUCUCAUACAGCAUUAUAAUCACAAAGAUCUGCACCACAGCCCGAUCUGAGAGCUGGCAUAAAGCCUUCUACACCUGCGUGACCCACUGGUUUGUGAUUGGCACAUACUUUAUACCUCGGAUGAUUGUUUAUACCUUUGACACAACACAAAAACCUCAAAUAGACGUCUAUAUUUUUCUUAUUUGCAUAUACUCAUUUGUGCCGCACUGCACCAGCCCCAUAAUAUUUUGUCUUAGGACUGAGGAAAUUAAGAGAACUCUGGGGACUGUUUUUAAAAGAAAAAACACUCCUUGAUUAAUAUUUCACAGUCACUCAUCUAAACGUAUCUCUCUAAAAUAAUACAUAAAGCAAAUGGGGGAAAUAUGUAUAAAAGACCCAUGUAUAAUCACAUCCAGGAAAUAACAUUUGGAUGAUGUGUUCACACCAGAGAUGUGUGUGAAGUCGUCUUUUAGUUUUGGUUCUAAGUUCAUCAAUUUUUUGUUUGUUUUGCAAAAUCACCCUCAAGUGUUUUUGUGCAGAAUUCAAAUUUAAAAAGUUGAAUCUUGGGUUUGGGAUUUCUUGAAAAUGGAUAAAAUAAAUAGCAAAAAUCAUGGAAUUUUUGCAAUCCAAAACCCGAAAUUCAAAUUCGGGUGGUUUUGGUUUUCUAAUAAAUAAUCUCUAGUUCACACUUGCAAGUGAUGAUGAUUGGUAAUAUAUAUGAUUGAGAAA